AUGUACUCGGGGCACGGCGGCGGCGGCGGCGGCGGCGGCGGGAGCCCCCCGAAGGCGUCGGGACGGGCGGGCGAGCGGGCGGAGGAGGCGUCCCCGCCGUUCAGCGGCGGCACCUCCGAGCUGCUGGCGCUGCUGGCGGCCAGCCUGGGCGCGCUGGGCUCGUGCAACAACCUGCUGGUGCUGGUGCUCUACGGGCGCUUCCAGCGGCUGCGCUCGCCCACCACCCUCUUGCUGGCCAACCUCAGCCUCAGCGACCUGCUCGUCUCGCUCUGGGGCGCCGCCUUCCCCUUCCUCGCCUGCCUCCGCCGCCGCGGGGCGCGGGACGGCGCCGCCUGCGCCUGGGACGGCGGCAGCCACAGCCUCUUCGGAAUUGUUUCCGUCAUGACCCUCACUGUCCUGGCCUACGAACGUUACAUCCGACUAGUGCAUGCAAGAGUGAUUGACUUCUCAUGGUCCUGGCGGGCUAUCACUUACAUCUGGCUCUAUUCAUUAGUUUGGACAGGAGCUCCUCUCUUGGGCUGGAACCACUAUACACUAGAGAUACACGGUUUAGGUUGCUCAGUGGACUGGGGGUCAAAAGAGCCCAACGACGCUUCCUUUGUUCUCUUUUUCUUUCUUGGUUGCUUGGUGGCUCCGGUUGUGAUCAUGGCCUACUGCUACGGACAUAUUCUCUAUGCAAUACGGAUGCUUCGUCGUGUUGAAGAUUUACAGACUGUCCAAGUGAUCAAAAUCCUAAGAUAUGAAAAGAAAGUAGCCAAAAUGUGCUUUUUAAUGAUAGUCACCUUUUUCAUUUGUUGGAUGCCAUAUGCAGUGGUCUCUCUUCUGAUGGCCUAUGGGUAUGGUCACCUGAUAACUCCCACAGUGGCUAUCGUCCCUUCUUUCUUUGCCAAAUCAAGCACUGCAUAUAACCCAGUUAUCUACAUCUUCAUGAGCAGAAAGUUUCGGCGAUGCCUCCUGCAGCUCUUCUGCGUCCACCUCCUGAAAUUCCAAAGGACCUUGAAAGACAGGCCAGCGGUCGAGAGUGAAAAGCCAAUAAGGCCCAUAGUCGUGUCCCAGAAAGCAGGGGACAGGCCCAAAAAGAAAGUGACUUUCAGCAAUUCUUCCAUCAUUUUCAUUAUCACCAACGACGACGUGCAACCAAUAGAAAAUGGUACCAAACACGCCGGCCCCAAAAUCAACAUAAUCCAAGUGAAGUCGCUAUAG